AUGCUCUGGAACUGGUUCCAACUACGAAAAAGGCGUCAAGAAGUCGCUCCCGACACGCCGAAAUGGUCGUCGAGACGUUUCUCAUGCUCAUCUUUCAAAGACGUUCACAACUUUCUCUAUGACGACGACGUUCCCUCGCCAGAACUUCAAGUCCUUCACCAGCCAAGGAGCCCCAAGAUCGACCGUUGCACCUCAAGAACUACCCCUAUGACGGCAAAGACGCUCUUCUCCACCGACCACGGAGGCGUGGUUCUUUACUACACGAGCCUUCGUAUCGUACGCAAAACAUUCGAGGAGUGCAGAGCCGUCCGAGCCAUCCUCCAAAGGCUCCGCAUCCCUAUCGACGAGCGAGACUUAACGAUGGACCCAAGGUUUCACGACGAGCUGCAUGCGAUAUUCGGGACCAAGAACGUGGAGUUGCCUAAGGUUUUCAUCGGUGGGAAAUACAUAGGAGAGGCGGAGGAGAUCAAGAAGUUAAAUGAGAGCGGCGAGCUGAGGAAGAUGGUCGGAGAACUACCACCGUCGGAUGGAAGAUUCAGUGAGAACUGUGAGUUAUGCGGAGGAUGGAGGUUCGUUGUUUGCGAGAGAUGUAAUGGUAGCCACAAGAUCUUCUUGGAGGAAACUGGAUUUGUAAAUUGUACGAUUUGCAGUGUGGAAGGUCUUGUUAGGUGUUCGUCUUGUUUUCCUACAGAUCCGACUAUCGGAGACUGA